GCGGGAACGUCUUGUCUCACUCAUUAAAAGGCUUUGCAUGUUUUGAAUCCUACUAAUGUCAUCGCUCAACUUGGCGCCUUCCCUGUCUGGCCUUUCGUGCUAGUCAAUACCUUGGUGCACUCCUCCACCAAAACAUACAACCAGCUCGCUUUGACAGCCUACCAUUAACACCUUGAUUCACCCAAUUCUCAACUGCACCCGUGAUGGCUGAUCCGGCUCCAGCCUGCUUGUCCAGCCUCCCAGUGGAGAUACAGACCAGCAUUUUCGCCUUCGUACGCGAGAAGACCACCCAGGCAGCCAUAUGUCUGACCAAUCGCCAAUGCCGAGACGUCAUGGCGCCUAUCUUCUUCGAGAACUUCAAACUUCAAAAUCACAAAAUCACCAUGCAGACGAUAGGCACACUCUUGAAUCCUAAAAACGGUAUCACACCUUACGUUCGCAAUCUUUUCAUCGUCAAUGGAUGCUGGCAAAAAGAAGAGUGUUGGAAAAAUGGUGUCAUUGUAGAUCCCAUGCUCCAGCUGGUGGUCGGCGCAUUUCCCCAAGAUCGUCUGCGCGCUUUGGUUGGUGACGAUGAGAUAGUGCUUGAUACGACUUUGCUGGUAUCCUUGCUUCAGCACCAAUCACGACUAAAGCGCUUAGCUGUAUAUCAUCGAAUGCGACCUGGUGGACAUGUCAUCGACCUUGAGGACAAGAAUUUAGUGUCAUGGGCAGCGUCUCGAUGCGCGGAUGUCGAAUCUCUUACAGUUUUCUUGCGGACUGAUUAUGUCGACACUUACACGCCAGCUGGGUUCUUGGUUCGAAGCGCCCCAAACAUCAAGGACCUUAGAAUUAAGGACCAUGGGAACGAAACAACUCCGGCACUACCUCUUUUGCGUCCCUUGGGAACGUGGGGAAAAGUGGGUUACAACGCUUUUGGAGGACUGGCUGGAGAGGAUGAAGAUUGACGUGCUAAACUCGAGUUGUCUCAGAUGAGCUUAGAACAGGUGGCGUUAGACUCAAGGUCACUUGAGUCGAUUCGAAAGCACGUCGAAUUGUCGAAGCUUGAGAGUGUUGAAUUGCUGCGAUGUCCGGAAGCUCAUCUUCUCCUGACGGCACUUCAACCGGGUUGUAAUCUCACCAAGCUAAUCUUCGAACAGGCUAACGCCCAUAUCCGUACAUUUAUGGAUAAACAUCGGAUCGAGGGACUUUUGAACUCGUUCAGUGGCCUUCGAGUGCAUUCGCUCAGUCUUUAUGAUCGGAUGGUUGAUGUCUCCUGCAUCAUCCACCACGGCUCUUCUCU